UUGUGGACUUGUUCCAACAUCUGGGAUAAGGCCACAUUAUGUUCUUGUUCACGUCCUAGCUGGGGCUACUAAGCGAGCACUACUGUAGCUCUGGUAUUUGAUGUGGUUGUUGCUGUAGCUGGUCCACUCCCUCCUGCCUCCUCUGAAGAUGGUCUCUUGUGACCUGUAUUUUUUUUAAAUGAGGGCUUUGCAGCAGAGAGUUCUGGGAGACCUGACAGAUCGGCUGUUCCCUCAGGUCGGCGAAACGUCUCUGCUGUCAGAAUAACUCCUGUGAAGACCAUGAAGAGCUCUCCUGACCUCAUGCCAGCUACAGAUAUGGACCCCUCCAGAGUGUGUAAGGGGAGGGGGGUCGUGACAUUGAGGGCGACUCUGGUCCACAUCGACGACGAUGACAUCGGUGCCCCCCCGCCCAGUGUGGACACACAGCAGACAGCGCAGAAAGCCGGCCUGUCGCCAGGGGCCUUGGACCAAGAUGUCUGCGUGGCCGACACUAAUGGAGACUGCUCGGGAGCCUCUGUGGAGGUGAAGGGUGGAGAGAGUCUUCCCACAGACAGUAAGCUGCCCUCGCAGGUGGGAGUCGUGAGCACUGAGGAUCCGCUGCUCACAUCCUCCUCAGACACGCCCAGCUUUCUCACGCCCUCGAGAAGCUCCGCCUCCGCCUACCCCUCGACCACCUUCGUCAACCCCACCAUCGUCCUUCUACAGCACAACAGAGACUCCGCUCCAGAAGGGGGCGCCGGGGAGCAGACGGGGAGCACCAAGGCGGUGCCGGCGGGAGAUCCGGGCGGGGUUCCGGAGAGCUGCCAGGGGGAGAUGGACGGUAAGCGGAUGAGGCUCUCCCUGCACGCCCCCGCCACCCGCCCCCUGGAGGACGCCGCCGUUGCCGUGCGGAACACAGAAAGGUCUAAAGACUGGUACAAGAACAUGUUUAAACAGAUCCACAAAGUCCCAGAGGUUCCUGAGGAAAAUCCGUACCGCCCCACCUACAUUUUUCCAGAAACCAAUGACAAGCCACUAAAAGUGCGAGAUGAUGCUCCAUACAGUCGCAUCUACUCGGACGACAGUGCGAAAGGGGUCCCGCGAUCGAAGAGCGCCGCGGACGUCGGGCUGAGCGACUCCCGCGGGAACGCCCCGUCCAGGAUGCCCGUCCCGGCCCGCACCUCCUCGCUCAGGCCGUCCGCCGAAAGGAAGGACUGGGAGCCCCCCGACAGGAAGGUGGACACCAGGCGGUACCGAGCCCAGCCCAGGAGCAUCUUCCAGUACGAGCCGGGGAAGUCCUCGGUGCUGAGGGUGGAGAGAACGACUCACGGUUUAAGUCCCGAGGACGUAGAUUUAGAGAAUGAGCCUUGGUAUAAAUUCUUUUCAGAGAUGGAGUUUGGAAAACGGAGCGCUCCCUCUUUCACUCCUCUGGAAACAGCCGCCGACCUGCCGCAAUUUUCCAAAAGCGAGCCGGACCACGGCGAUGCCAAGGAAGGGGAGCCGGCCCCCGGCGAGACGGGGGCCGCGGACAGCGACCGCCACAUUUACAAGAGCGUCCUGGAGGGCGGCGACAUCCCCCUGCAGGGGCUCAGAGCCCUGAACAAGCGCCACCCCAGCUCCUCCUCCUCUAAAGUGGACCGUAAAGGUGGGAAUGGCUACAUAAUUUCACCUUCUCCCUCUGUAACUAGCCCGUCGGUUCUGGCCGGCGGCGCGCUCGCUAGCCAGUGUAAGAGUAAGAAGCCGCUAUCGGCGGCCAAGGCGGGCCUCCCCGAAAUCCUGCCCUCCAAGUUCAAACCCAAGCUGGCCCCGGCCGGCGGAGAGGGGCGGGAGGCCCGGGCCCCGCCCGCCAGACGCCCCAAAGCCCACAGCUGCGAGGACCUGCGGGACGGCGGGGGCGGGGGUGGGGGCGGCGGGGGGGCGGAGCCCGGGGCGGAGAGGAGGGCGGGGAGCGCCGGCGGGCUGGCGGAGUGCGGCGUGCCGCCCCCCGGCCCGGCCUGGAGGGCCACGGCGGAGUUCAGCGCCAUGUACCGGACCAUGCACCAGAUCCGCCGGCCCGGGGCCGAGGGCCACAGCCCCCGCGGGAGCGUGCGCAGCCUGGCCUCGCUGUUCGAGCGGGAGGCGGGCGGGGCCCCGGGGAGGGGGGGGGGGGGGGGGGAGGAGCCGGGGGGCGGCGGCGCCCCCCCUCGCGACGCCGUCUCGUCCCGGGUGACGGAGUUCGAGCAGAUCAUCCAGCGCUCCUGCUCCAUGCCCGCGCUCCACGCCGACCCCGCCCCCGGCCCCGCCCCGUCGUACAUGACGGCGGCCGUCUCCGCCGAGUCCCUGCUCCUCCCGGGCGGCCCCAGGAGGGAGGCGGCGUCCCCGGCGGAGGAGGAGGAGGAGGCCCCCGUUUCGGGGAGCCCGUUGGAGGACGAGCCCGUCUCCUCGGAGCUCGUGGACGCGGCGAGUCCGGAUUCUCCCUCGAAGCCCGACGCCGACGUCGAACCCGAGUCCGACCGCUGCUCCGUCGCCUCCGCCGACAGCUCCGCCCCCUCCGUCGAGGCCCCGCCCGGCCCGCACCACGCCCACGCGCACGCCCACCACCAGCACAAGCCCAGCAAGUGCAAAGGGACGUGCCCCGCCUCCUACACCCGCUUCACCACCAUCCGCCGGCACGAGAAGCAGCUGGCGCAGCGCGACCGGCAGCCCGGCGCCGACAGGAAGAAGCCCUUUCCCAGCAGCCUCUUCCUCAUGGGCCCCGCCCCCUUCCGGCUGAGGAAGACGCUCCAGAGCCACCAGGCCCGCAAGACGGCCGCCUUCUCGGCCAUGAAGCCCUCGGAGAACGGCGCCCCCUGCGGGCACUCGGCGGAACCCCGGCCGCUCGUCCCCGCGCGCAUGUCCUCCCUGGAGGUGCUGGAGAGGCUGAGCAACGGGGAGGUCACCUCCCCCUCCUCCUGCUCCUCCCCCGGGGGAGGAGGCGGCGGCGGCGGGCGACGCCUCCUUAACGGCGGCCAUUUUGGCUCGGGCCCGACCGUCUUGGACUGCAACAGAAACCCCGUGUGCCCGACCGCGGCGCACGACCGAGAGUCCGACUCCCCGCGCCACGCCCACGGGGAGCACGCGGAGAACGCCGAGGAGGCCCUCAGGAGGCGGUACGGGGACAAGGAGAAAAUGCUGGAGGAGCAGAGGCGUCUGAAGCGCGAGCAGGAGGAGGCGGACGCCGCGGCCCGGCGGCACACCAGCCACUUCCUCACCCACCACCAGUUCAUCACCAACGAGCGCUUCGGCGACCUGCUCAACAUGGACAACACCGAGAAGAGGAAGUCCGGCUCCGAGAGGACUCCGGCUCUGGCGAAAUUUGACUUCAAAGCCGAGACACUCAAGGAGCUGCCUUUUCACAAGGGGGACAUCGUGUACAUUUGUCGACAGAUUGAUCAGAACUGGUUCGAAGGAGAGCACCAUGGGAGAAUGGGUAUCUUCCCUCGGAGUUAUGUGGAGCUCCUGCCGCCCACAGAAAAGGCCCAGCCCAAGAAGCCCACCCCGGUCCAGGUCCUGGAGUACGGCGAAGCCCUGGCCCGCUUCAACUUCACCGGAGACACCGCCGUGGAGAUGUCCUUCAGAAAGGGCGAGAGGAUCACGCUGAUUCGCCGCGUGGACGAGAACUGGUACGAGGGCAAAAUCCCCGGCACCAACCGCCAGGGCAUCUUCCCGGUCACCUACAUCGACGUGCACAAGCGGCCGCGCGUCAAGAACGGCGUGGAUUACCCCGACCCGCCCAUCACGCCGUCGCCCAACCGCAGCAGCAACGCCUCACCGCAGAUUUCCCGAAACCGUCUGAGCACCUCCCCCCUCCCCCUGCCCCGCUCCAGCCGUCGCUCGGUGUCCCCCGAGGUCCACGCCAUCUCCUCCGAGUGGAUCUCCCUCACCAUGGGGACGGGCUGCAGCCCCCCCACGGCCCCCACCCCGCCCCUGCCCCCCCGACCCUCCUCCUCCUACUGCUGGGGGGAGUACCUCCCCCCGUCCCUCUCCGCCAGCCCCGUCCCCCCAGUUAGCAACAGCCCCGGGCUGGUGUCCCCCUCUGCCUCCCCCUCCCCGUCCCCUCUCCCCCCGCUGCCCCCGCCUCGCCCCAGCUCGGCCACGCCCUACCUGACCUUCACCCCUCCCCAGGGGGAGGAGUUUCUGCUGUCCCCGCCCUCCCCCCGGCUCUCGCGCAGCCUCAGCCCCUGCGGGGGGGCGGAGCUGGAGGGCUGGCUGGGAGGGCGGAGCCCCCUCAGCAGCCUGCUGGGGGAGGGGGCGGAGCUUGACAGGGCCAGCGAACGGGAGGCUCUGGGGGAGUGGCUCAGCAGCCCCGGAGAGCUGGUGAAGAGUGACAGCGAUUAUCAGGGCAGGUCCUCCAGGAGUCCUGUGCUGCUCUUCGACAUCCAGGACAACGUGAUGAAUGCCAACUCGUUUGCGGAGGCGGUGUGCAAGGAGAUCCUGAGCAUCGCCGAGACGUCGGUGCGGUACUGCAGCACCCUCUCCCGGGCCCCCGCGUCUGCGCGGGGUCUGCGAGCGCACCCCAGUAAACAGUCUCUCAUCGUUUCCCAGCAACCGCAGCCGCACACCCCCAGCCCAGAACCCGCACGUCCCAGCUGCGGAAUUUUCCAGGCUCUCUACAGCUACGUGCCCCAGAACGAGGACGAGCUGGAGCUACGGGAAGGGGAUCUGGUCAACGUCAUGGAGAAGUGCGACGACGGCUGGUUUGUCGGAACCUCCCGGAGAACAAAAGAGUUUGGCACUUUCCCGGGGAACUACGUCAAGCCCGUCGACCAGUAACCACCGCGGACCGAGCGGCUACUCCCAGUGCGUUCUACUACUCACAUCCCUUGGCUGCCUGUUGAGUUUGAAAAUCAGUACUAUUGCGCUAGAGGUUUAUUUUCGGCGAGGUUUGCGUCUCGGCUGGGCGAAAGCAAAGGUUCGGGGUUCGUGACUAAUCAUGGGACGAGGUUCUUUUCUGUGAGGGGGUGGGGUGGGGGGGAGGGUGGGGUCAAAUGUUGUGAGAGAGGGAGGAAGAGGAGGAAGAAAAAGAGGGAGGAAGGACGGAGAAACCACAGAUUCACUGCCCAAUCUCCGCGGAGCGCGGUGAGCGCACCCGUCCCACUCUCCCAUCCCGGCGGAAGCACGGGACAGUCUGGCAACGCAGCGGCGCGGGAGCGUUGUCGGAGUGUCGCGAGAACGUUGCCAGAGUGUCUCCGGAGCGUUCAGCUGGGAGCGCCGGCCGCCCCGCUCGCGCACGCCCAGCCGUCCGUCACAAGCCCUUCCCUUUUAAUGUGUAGCCGGCCGGAAAGGAUUAGGUCUUGCUGUGUGGUUUACAUUGUAAAUAAUAAACGAGGGUUUUCUUUGAAGCACAGUUUAGAGGUAGAGCGUCGGAGCGAGCGGAGCACAGCUCACGGAGAGCGCAUCGAGAAAGCACGACAUUUUCACCACACCGCGUAGGUCCGGGCGAAAAGCUGAAGUGUGAAUUUACACGCGUGGGGCUUUCACAGUGGCCUUUCCUACGGCUACCUCACACACGCUGUGGGGGACGUUACCAUCACUGACCCUGCCAGAGCGACAGAGUAGUGUGUGUGUGUGUGUGUGUGUGUGUGUACGUGCGCGCGGGUGUGUGUGUGUGUGUGAGAAAGGCUCUCUAACCUGUAACUAUAUGCGUUAAUAACUAUCCUAUGCAGCCACUGUGUCCCAAUGCCUGUAGUUUCAGACUUCAGUGUAAGCGUAUGUGUGCAUUUGCAACCAUCUGUAACAUGUCUUUCAGAAGUAUUUAUUUAUUUUUAUUUGUCUGUUGCAUGUCAUUUAUUUACAGUAUAUCGUGGUUCUUAUGCUUUCUAUUUUCAUAACAUACCCUCAACUAGAAAAGUACAGAAUCAAUAAGCGGGGUGGUUUCUUAAUGUGCAAUUUAUUAUAUAAUAAUAGUAAUAAUUUGUAUAGUUAUCAUCACCAGUGUUAUCUCCAUCCAUCAGUAAGAUUUUAUUGUUUUUGUUUUUUUGGAGGGGGAGGCGGGGUGUAAAAUAAUUGUAGUGGGAUCAGGACACACAUAUGAAUGUAUCAUUUAUACAUUAUUUUUAAAUACGUUAUUUACAUAUUCAUCAUCUAUUUUUAAAUGAAAAGUAUUUUCAAGAUAUAUUUGUAACCGGCAUAGAUGUAUGGAAGUAUGUUUUAUGGUAGCAACGGGAAGUAUUUGGAAAUGUUCCCUUCUGUUUGGAAGGCACAGGCAGUGUGGCAGGGCUGUACAGUGUAGCAGGUUAGCGCCGUGUUAGCGUAGCAUGUCACUCCUGUGUGGAGAAUCACCCCAUUUCAGUUCAAUUUUUUGGCCAUAACACUGGCACUAUUUAGACUGUUACAGACUCGGAAUGUAUUGUAUAAGAAACUGCUCGUGCUUUAUUGGUUAAUUAAUGGGUUCGAUUAAUUGAAUAUCAAAUAAUCCAUUGAUUAAUUUGAUGUUCGCUUGACUGGUAAUUCGAUGUGCUACAAAUACAUAAACAGACAAUGAUGUGCCAUAAUAAUUUUCUUUCUUUUUUUUUUUGCUGAUUGAAUUGAAGCUUCAUAUCUUCAUGCACUUCAUGCAUGGGCUGAGAUGUACAGCAAGCAAUUGGAAUCACUUGCUUUUUGGUUUGGUUUUAACUCACUCACACACUCACAUUUACUCCUGUUGCUUUAUGAACACGUAUUAGUUUCUUAUUAAACAUAAUGGGAAAUGUGUACAUUUUAUUUUAAUUAACACCACCUUCAGUGUUUAUGGAAAGUUGAGAACAAACCAUCAAGCAUGAGAUUUAAUUACAUUCCCAGACUAACAGAAAAGGAAACGGUGUCUCGUUUCACCAUAUUUGUGGCUAUAGAUUUUAACCUUUCAUACGAGUUAAAAUGCAGUCCUUCCCCUUAUGACAAGUGACAGUGUUGUAUAGUUUGUUCCUGGUCAAGGUGUCAGCCGUCUGCUAUAAGGAACCUUAGUGAGAUUGACCAGAUCACUCCAAAGCUGAAUUCUAUGGUAGCACAGAAAAAAAAGUCUGGUUUUCUGUGUGAAAAAGCCUGAAAAAAUAGUCUGAAAAUAGAAAGUGUACUAAAUACCACAAGUUUGCCUACUUUCGAUUCAGACGUCUGCCAUCCUUUUGUAACUUUAGGAACACAGCUGUCUCCUUAUUUCUAAAAUCCAAACCGGUAAGCUUAUGUAAAAGAAGACUUUUUUUUAUCAAUAGAAUGAUGUACGCAUCACAUUUAUUGUAACUCUAAAGGAUAUGUCAAGGGAUCAGGUGAUAAUAUGCCAAAAUAGCUGUUGUCAAUUGCAGGCGGUGUUUUGUAAAAUACAUAUUUAAAGUAGACAGGCAUGGAAAUACUUCCUCUUAAGGUGGAUGUAACUUUAUUUCCAUCGUGCGUAGCUGGUACUCACCUGUUUUUCAGGUUCCCAGCCUGUUACGGCUUUUUAUAAAAUGCUUGUUUUGGGAAUUUCUUAGUGCCUGUAAUCCAGCGAAGACUAAAAACACUAACCUGAGUGGGUUUGACUGCUCUUCCUGCCUAGCAUCGUAUCGGAAAGACGCAAGAUUAGCAAUUGAACAUCUUUUAUUGAUUUUUUUUUAAUCAUAAGAUAAAACGUAGCUAACAAAGUGUUUUGACGAUAAGGCAGUGUUUGGGGUAAAAAUAUAUAGUUUUAAGAUGAUAGAAAAUCAUCACAAAAUUCAGAGAUUAAUGCUAGAGUUGUUUGUGAAAUUACUAUAAAAUACCCCCACGUGUGACUUACAAGUAUUUAAAUCUAAAACACGUAAACAGAACAAUACGAAGCAGGAUUUGUAGCAGCUGUCAUGUUUGUGUAUAAAGGUGUUAUUUCCAACCUUCUUCCUACUGGACCCUAGUUAAACUCAGACAGUGCAUGUACAGAAAGAUCAUUGUGGAUUUUUCCCAGAGAAAAACUUUGAGCUCUGGAUCAGACUUGUCCUUACAAAUGUCUCUGUAAAGGAAAGAAGGCUGUUUGAUCCAUAGAGCAGUUGGUGCAGUUUAGCAGUUGUAGCAGUAAGACCUGCCACGUAUCUAUAACCUGCUGUGCAGCUGAAUGCUAGUGCAGAACAAACGGAGAUGCCGUCUGUCAGAAGCUCUUACCUGUAAUGUGGGUAACACAUGAUCAAAACGGAAGAAUGUGUUUUGUUUCUGUUUAAAUACAACCGUGGCCUCAUUUCAGCGCGUGUGUUUGUGUAAUGCCAGUUAUGCAGUACAUGUAGCACAGUAUUCCAUGGGGUUUAAACGCAGAACUCAAGUGUCAAUAACAUAACGUAGUACAUUAUUUUUCUUCGCUAUGAGGUUGCCCAAUGCAAAUUAGUUAUUUCCUCUAAAAAAACAGCGGUGUCAUGCCCUGUGUGAGUGUAUUGAAUGUGGAGGCGAGUAGAGUUCCACCCAACACUGAGGUAACAGCUGUGUGUGGUGUGGUAAGGGUAAGACUGGCUGAUAGUCUAUGGCCUGUGUGUUUGGGUGGUAACUGCAGGGUAAGACUGAGUGAUGGUCUAUGGCCUGUGUGUUUUGGUGGUAACUCUGCUGGGUAAGACUGGUUGGUGGUCUAUGGCCUGGACACUAGCUGAAGGGUUUUCUAUUCUGUGAGGUUGUGUCUGUCUGUGAGCAUUACUACAGGACAGGGAAGAUUUGUUUUCUUGACUUUGAUCACAACAGUUCAGCAAGUGAUAUCAAUACAUAUAAUGCAUUUUUGGACAGGGGUCUUUGGUUAACCAUAAUUCUGGCUGUCUGUUUCAGAAAUAUGACUGCAGGCCCAUUACUAAAGUGGUGACUCCUUAAUGGGGUGUGUCUGAGGACUAUCCUCAUUGGACAGCCCGGUUGUAUUACCACCACCACGCCAGUAUAUGUUUGUAUUCAGCUAUACUACCAGUGUGCGUAUAGAUAUAGUGGUCUAGCUUCUCCAUUAACAUGGCAUUAUGCUCAAUAUGUACAUCAUGAUCAUGUUAGCUACUAAUGAGAGAAGCGCCACAUCAAUUCAGUACGGGAAGCGUCACAAUGUAGGCAGUAAUAAGCAGAUAUGAACGUUAAUUCAUUCUUAUGUCAAGCGUUAUGAACCAGUUAUGUAACCGUCGUGUGCACAUUACAUAAAGGUUAUUCGUACCCAAUUCAGGUAUAAUGUUUUUUUUUUUUUAUUCUUUUUUUUAAUGCCAUGACUCUUGAUUGUGUUCCCGAAUGAGAGUGUUGGUGUCUCACAGCACUUGGCUGCCAUUGGUCGGUUGCCUAAUACUGUUGUUGCCAUUGGUUGAUUGUUAUAUGAUGUUGGUUUCAAUGGACGCUUACUGUAUUCUGUUCGAUUGUGCGUUUGAUAUACUGGACAAACUAGAAUAAAUCACUUGCAAGUUCAUUGGUAUUGAAGAAUAUUCCAAAGUGAGAAUUUUAUCUAGUGAAGAACCAGGCCAACACAAAGGACUGUUCACUCAACCUCACCGAGGCUUGUAAUGCUAACAGAGAAUAAAAGGACAGGACAGCAGAACCGUUAGACCUCCUUUAGUCUCAGUCUUUGGAAGACAUCAGGAUAAUUAGAGAUUAGCCAUUGCAACUCCCCCGAUAUGUGUGAAUGUGUCUGUAAAACAAGGAAAUACACAAGCUUUUACGCAGCAUUAUGCAUAUUUGUAUGAACUCUCUCAAUACUUUUAAGCAUGAAUGCACAUUUUGACAAGUCUGGCAAAUGUAGGAUUGUAAAUAUGUAUAUUAUAUAGAGGAAAACAAGAGAAGGAGAAAUGAAGUCAUCCGGCUCUCUGGAUUUUCUGCGUUUAUUUUAAAGCACAGACUAGAAGCGACACAACGUGGCGCGAUUCGCGCCACACCCCAAGUGUAAUCGCGCCUCGUGUCACAUUUGAUUUACUGAAUCACGCAUCGUUUUCAUUUUCCGUUUUUUAAAAAUCCUUUCUUUGUCUGUCGGGAAAAGUAUAUCCGUGUCAUAUUUGAGAGUAUUACUCUUAUCGUUGUAUUGCAAGUUAUAGCGUAUGUGAUGGGAGAAAACGCAAUUAGCAGUGAGAAAAGCAUAGCGUAACAUUAUUAUUGAUUAUGUUACUGUAUGUAUACUGCAGUUUGCCCAAAUGCACACCUGACUCCGUUUUGUUGGUUUGCUUCUAUUUGCAGUGCUGUUGCUAUGACAAUACUAAAUUAAAAAGAACACUAUUUACUGCUGUGAUUUCAGUAUUAUGCAAUAUUUAAUAAACUGUAUUAAAGCAUAUAA